UUUUCUCGGCUAUUCUUGCCAUUCUUCAAUGGCGCACCCACAUCAACCCUAGGUCAAAGUGCAAACCUCUCUCUACCCACGCGUCCAACCGUGAACAUGUCUGACAGCGAGGAAAAUGAUGUGUUUGGUGUCAGCGAGGAUCUUGUGCCACCAGCUGUCAUCAAGUCUGCCGGGAUCUCGGAAGUGGACUUCGAUGGAAUGUUAACGCCGCCUUUAAAGCUCAAUGAAGACUUGAAGAACGGCUGCGGUGGACAACUAUGGCCAGCGGGCAUGGUUCUGGGUAAAUAUAUGCUACGUAAGCAACAAGAAGAUCUAGAGGGAAAAGAGAUUGUCGAACUGGGCGCUGGUGGCGGGCUGGUUGGUCUUGCUGUUGCCAUCAAGUAUAAUUCCGCCAAGACUCUCCAUAUCACCGACCAACUUCCCAUGUACGAGCUCAUGAAACAAAACAUUGUACUCAACGGUCUGGAAUCCAAGGUGGAAGCAUCAAUAUACGACUGGGGAACACCUACCCCAUUGAAUCUUCCCAAGCACCCUGACAUCAUUCUGGCUGCCGACUGUGUUUAUUUCGAACCUGCGUUCCCACUUCUCCAGCAAACGUUACAAGACCUGAUUGGGGAGAAUACAGUAUGCUACUUCUGCUUCAAAAAGAGAAGGAGAGCAGAUCUACAGUUCAUGAAGGUAGCAAGAAAACUUUUCGAUGUGAAAGAGGUGGAAGAUGAUCCUGACAAGGGAAUCUGGUCCCGAGAAGGCCUGUUCCUAUACAAAAUCGAAAAGAAGAACAAGUGA